CACCCUGGCUCCUUCACCUCCUUCAAACUGACAUUCAUCUACCGUUGAACUUUUUCCUCACUCCUUUCUUUUCCAACCUGCUUUGCUUGGAUCGUAUGGACGCUUGGCCCUGGUUUAGCUGGUCUAAACAUGUUCAGGAACCCAUGGAUUGCUAGUUUCUACGCCAGUCAUGUGCCCAACGGAGGCCAAGGAUUUGAACCCGAAACUCCUAAACUGUGCAGUUCCACCUCCCUGCCCACUGACGCCUUAAGUUUUCAGAGCGACCUCUCCUUCAGUGCACAGACCGCGCUGGUCAAGAGUGUAUCCGACCCAGAUGCCAAACUCCUCUACGUCCUUCCCAAGGUUUCAGAGCUAAAGAAACACUUUGAAGGUCCUCUGACAAACGAGACCGAAAUGAACAGGAAGGAGAGAAUUGCCCGUCGUCUGGAGGGGAUGGAGUCUGACGUUCCCCCGGCUCUGAUGGUCCCCGCUGGGCUGGUGUCCAACCGAAUGCUGGAGGAGGAUCCGCCCCGAUACACCAGAGCCUCAGACCCCUGUGAGCCCUGUGUCAUGGUGCGGCGUUAUAGUCGUGAUGAGCCAAAUGACCCCCGUUCACAGAAGCAGGCCCCCUCCUCAGACAGAGCCCUUCACAGUAAAGCCCCUGCGGUCGCAGCACGGCCCGAGCCCAUGAUGGUGUACGUGGACCCGGUCACCGUCACCUCCUCCAACCCCUCCUCCUCCGGGGGGCGCUCCGGAGACCCGAGCCUCACCUCAAAGGCUGAGAGAAUCGCUCGGUACAAAGCUGAGCGGCGCAGACAGCUCUCAGAGAGGUACGGCAUUCUGCUGGAUCAGGAGGCGGAUAUGGACUACACGCCCCGGUACAGGAGGAGGGAGACCACAGAGCAGGCUGCACCAUCCAGAAGAGACAAGCCGGAGGUGGAGGAGCCCAGUGUCCCCUAUCGCUCUGGAGUGGGCCGAGUUUACAUGAGGAACCAGCCCGAUCCCCACACUGCCACUGCAACCGGCCCACAACACACAACCUCCCCACCGCACACAACCGCCCCCUCUCACUCCCACACAACCACAUCCACCCACUCACAUGCCACAAUCGCCCCAAACCAGGAGCGGGGCAGCCGGUUCUCAGAGCGCGAGAGAACCAUGAACCAAGAGAACUACCGCAGAGGUGGGACACAUGACCACACCGCUGUCGCCCCCAGGAGCAGGACCCAGGAAGUGCACCCCAGUCACCACCAGGAGGCGCCACACAAAGAGAUGAGCCCUUCCUCUUCGUCAGGUCGGGAUUACAGUAUUGCCGCCGUGCCCAGCUCACCACGCACAGCUCGCCGGGCAUCACUGCCCUCAGCGCGAUACGGCAUUUCACCUGGAGACCUGUUUAUAGAGCAGCAGGCCCAGAGCAUCCUCAACAGGCAGGGCCUGGGCGCCUUUUCAAAGAGCGACUGGUGUCUCGCAGACUUAGAGGCCGAGUUCGUCCAGAUGAGGCCCGCGAGAAUUCGUGCGAGGGAGCGAUUGCAGCGGGACGACCCAGGCCAGAGACCCCCCGACUGGAGUCCAGACCGACACCACGGGGACCCCUCCCAACCACGACAUCGCACCCAGGGAAAUGCACCUCAAUUCAGCCCUCAUCACCACCCCGAGACCCCCCACCACCGAACCAUCCACCAUUCCCAACCGAGCCCGGCUCACCAUCCAGCCCACCCCCACCACACCUACCCCCCUGCAGCCGAACCCUAUCCCGCAAUGCCCACCCCAGCAACCAAGCACCAAGCUCCAGGACCUCCGGAAGUACCACGGAGAAGACCCAGCGCUGAUCAAAUUUACGCCGCGCAUAGAGAGGCAAGAAUGGAGGCGAGACAAGCUCUGAAAGAAGAGCCUCACACGGAAGGAUUGCUCAAAAGUCGUAAAGCGGUUCUACCAUCGGAAAUCCGUAAACGAGAGAAAAGUGUAGACGAUCCGACUGCGCUGAGAGGAAGAAGUGAUGAGAUGGAAUGGCAAAGUUAUAGCCCAGAACGUAGAGGAGUUGGACGCAAUGAGGACGAUUUGGAAAAAGCGAGAGAGGUGAGAGUGAGGGAGAGAGGGAGGGAAAGGCAAGUUGAACGGAGGGAGAGAGGGAGGACUUUUCCAGCAGCGAAUGUUGAGAAUCUGGAAGAAAAACAGUUUAGGUCAAUGCAAACGCAAGCUACGAUGCAAUCGCAAACUUUGAUGCAACCGCAAACUACGAUGCAACCGCAAACUACGAUCCAACCUCAAGCUACGAUCCAACCGCUAGCAAGACCACGCCAUAAUGUGGAUCAAAAUCUAGAAGCCGUCAAUGUUAUGGAAAGAGUUGAAGCAAGGAGGAGACAACAAAAUAUGCAAGUGAUCGAACAGGAAAAUUUAAGAUUAAAACCAGAAACGCAACCUAGACAGGAACAUUUAAACCAAGUGGAAAUGGUUCAAGAACCGCCGAGAAAAGAACCAAAACUACUAAUGGAACAGAUGGAGCUUCAAAAUCGACCAAAAGUUGAGCAGCCAGAGCUAAGGCAAGAUUCAGAAGUUUAUUCACAAAAAGCCAGAAGCCGCGGAGUGGAUAUGAAACCUAAAGUGCGGACGAGGUCGAUGUCGGAUAUCGGGAUAAGCCAGUCGUCCAACAUGUACCGGAUGGAGCGCGGUGGCAGGGAGAUGGCGAGGUCCAUGCCCAGCUCAGGGUUAGCGAACGGGGACGUGGGCACGCUUGACACCAGGGUCUCUGUGGCCCAGCUCCGGCACUCGUAUCUAGAGAACGCCAACAGGAAGCCAGAGCUUGAUCAGCCCAAAGCCGACCCCUCCCUGGUGGACCGUGCAGCCGAUGGAGCCGGUGGAGCCGGUGGAGCUGGUGGAGCUGGUGGAGCCAGUGGAGCCGGUGGAGCAGAGCCUGACCGCAGCAGGAGGCCCAGGCGGUACAUCACUCCGGGAGACAGCCGCAUGUCCGAGCGCUUCAGGACCCAACCCAUCACCUCAGCGGAAAGGCUGGAGUCUGACCGGGGCAGAUUGAGUCCCGCACAGCUGCAGGACGGAGAAGAUGAAGAGAAACUGGACGAACGAGCCAAGAUGAGCGUGGCUGCUAAAAGAUCACUGUUCAGGGAGCUGGAGCGCACGUCUGAGGGAGGCGUGCCCAAACCGCGCUCUCGAAACGCGGCUGUGGAUCGACGCCUUCGCAGGGUCCAGGACAGAUCUCACACACAACCAGUCACCAACAGAGAAGUGGUCAACGCUUCCAGUGACACAGACCCCUCACAGCAGCGAGUCCCCAGCCCCUCAGCAGACCACCCCCAUAACACCAGUGUCCAGGCCCAUCCAGACUCCUCAGGGGACCCUCGUGAGCUCCAGGCCCCCCCUGAGAGGCCUGGUCUGGGUGGAGGAGGAGAGGCAGAGGCCCUGGAGCUGGGUCCAGAUGAACCGGACCUGUCCACUUUGAGUCUGUCUGAGAAAAUGGCUCUGUUUAACCGUUUGGCUGUGACAGAACCUCCCUCUGCAGACGGAGCCAGAGACACGAGGCAGAGGAGAGCCAACGCACGCUUCCAGACUCAGCCAAUCACACACGAGGAGGUGGAGCAGGAGGCCGAGGGCCCCUCUGCACAGUCUGCAGUGAGUAAUGGAGACAUAGACUCAGCUCCAGCUCCUCAUCUCAAACACGGAGCAGAGGCCCGACUGGAGCCGCUGUCCGCCUCGUUGGUUCGGUCCGUCGCUGCGGUCACCUCCAAAGCUUCCAUUGCUGCAGUGAUGGGAGACAGGGGCAGUUACCAUGACGACAGCGCUCAGCACCAUCUCCAUCACUCGGUGUCGUAUGUCCCAAACCAACAGCAUCAGCAGCAACCUCCUCCUCCUACAGGCAGCACCAAUUUAUACCAGGAGAGGGCGCUCAAGAGCAGUACCACCAGCCACCAGGAAAGGACGCCAAAAUACUUCUCCAUGAGCCCCAGUGGUGAGCAGGACCCCCAGCCCGCCCCCUCCUCUCUCCUCGGGGCAGAGAGACCAGCAGCACAGGAGGGAGGGGCCUGGGAACGCGAGGAGAGCCACGAUUUACUGCAUUUUGACAGGGACCGCGAACGCCACACGCACCAAUAUGACGACUUGGGUUCUUUAGCAGCGCGGAGGAGUGAACCAGCCGCUCCCAUCCCCUCCGCUCCUCAACGCGUUUCAGAUGUCCUUGAUCCUGCUCCUCUAAAGCCUCUGGUCGCUAAAGUCUCAUCUCGAACCGUUUCUCACGUCUCCAGCGGCCCUCAUCUUCCUCCUCCUCUUCAUCAUCAUCAUCAGCCCACCGUCCAACCUCCUCAAACGCUCCCGAAGCCGUUCAUUCAACAGCCUCCUCCCACUCAGCCCAAACCAGCGUCCUACCUGCCCCCCCAGGCCCCUCAGCCGCCUCCCACAUACCCCAAACCGUUCACCCACUCCCCCCAGACUGCCCCAAAACCUGCAGGGUACCACCAGCCCCCCCUCACCUUACCCAAACCGUACCAGAGUAGCCCCAGCGCUAAGCCGGUGGGAGUUCUGCAAAUCCCGCCCAAACCCACCUCCUUCCCACAGCCUCUGGUUAAGUCCCAGGUCUUGUCUCUGGACCGGAGCGAAGAUCUGAGUCCUCCAGAGCUACUGUCCCCCACCGAGUCAGACGCCAUGUCCAGCAAACAGAUGUCCAUCAAGGAGAGGGUGGCGCUGCUGAAGAAGAGCGGAGAAGAAGACUGGAAAAACAGAAUCAACAAGAAACAGGAAGUGGUGAAGGUGGCCUCAGCAGAAGAUCAGCCUCAGGAGAGAGAGCCCAGCCAGGACAAGAAGGAGGACUUGUCUGUCGCCCUGGACCCCUCUGUCCCUCUCUCUCUGUCGGAGCAGUUGUGGGAGCCUGUCUUCUCCUCCACUUUCUCUCCCACUGUUUCGCUCGUCCAAAAGGAGCAGAAGGGGGAGGAGAUUGAAGCUCAGAUGACGAUCGAGGAGAGAAAACAGCUGAUUUCAACUCGAGAAGACGCCUGGAAAAGCAGCGGCCGAGGAGCAGCCAACGACUCCUCUCAGUACACUGUGGCCGCUCGCAUGGUCAAGAAAGGUCUGGCUGCCUCCUCCUCAGUCAUCAGCCCCAUUCUGUCUCCUGUCUCCGCUAAAACCAAGAGCAGCAGCAGCAUCACAAAGCCACAAGAAGAGAUUGAGGCCAGGCCAGACAUGGAAUCAGACAAGAAACUGGACAAGCUGGAGAGUUUCUUAGGAAAGAUUAACAACAAAGUGGCCGGUCUGCAGGAGACCACUCUGACCGUGACGGAGAAGGCCGUGAAGGAGGUCAUGAAGCUCGACGAUGAAAUCUUCUCUAAAUUCUACAAACAUGUGGCAGAAUUCCCGCGGAUCCCGUCAAGAAUCGAAAUCAGCGACGAUUUUGACUCCAUCUUUGGUUCUCAAGGGCCAAAGUUGACGUCGUCGAUGGUGCAGCACAAACGCGCCGUCCGCCCCUCGAGGAACGUCCCGGCCUCGAAGAACCCUCUGAAGAAGCUGGCAUCAAGAGAAGACAUCAGGUUGGAGUACACGGAGCAGAGACUCAACGUGGGCCAGAUCGAGAGCAAGAGGAUCAAAGCAGAGAAGACGUCUAAGACCUCGGAGUACUCGGAGGCGGCUCUGGCAGGUCUGGCCUCCAAAGAAAACUUCAGCAGUGUGAGUCUGAGGAGUGUGACGGCCUCAGAGCAAACCAGUAACAACAGCGCUCUGCCGUAUAAGAGCACCAUGCUAAUGCUCGUCAAAGGGCGGCGCCACGUUCAGACCAGACUAGUGGAACCCAGAGCCUCGUCUCUGAACAGUGGAGACUGUUUUCUGCUGGUCACUCCUGAGCACUGCUUCGUUUGGAUUGGAGAGUUCUCCAACGUCAUCGAGAGAGCAAAGGCGAUGGACCUGGCCUCGUUCAUCCACUCGCAUAAGGACCUGGGCUGCAGAGCGACACAGGUUCAGUGCAUCGAGGAGGGGGUAAACUCUCCGGACUCCCAGCUGUUCUGGAGCCUCCUCGGGGGACAGACCGCCUACCAGGCGGCCGGUCCCCCUGAAGAGGACGAGCACUUUGAGUCAAACAUCGUGGAGACAAACUGUAUCUUCAGGCUGGAGCAGGACAAACUGGUCCCUGAGGACGAGCAGUGGGGCAAAGUACCACAGUGCUCCCUGCUGGCCACAAAAGAGGUGCUGGUGUUUGACUUUGGCAGUGAGGUGUACGUGUGGCACGGUAAAGAGGUGACUCUGGCUCAGAGGAAAGUGGCCUUCCAGCUCGCCAAACACCUGUGGAACGGGAGCUUCGACUACAGCUGCUGUGACGUCAACCCGCUGGACCCCGGGGGCUGCAACCCUCUAAUACCCAGGAAAGGCCUGGGCCGUCCAGACUGGGCCAUUUUUGGGCGUCUGACCGAACACAACGAGACGAGUUUGUUCAAAGAGAAGUUCCUGGACUGGACCGAGCUCAAGUCUCCAACGACGAAGGAGGCACCAGAACCUUUGCCAGAACUCAAGUCCCCUCAGGAGGCUCCGGGUCGGGGCUGCAGACCGUACGACGCCGGCCUCAUGCUGCCGGUGCUCCAGUCCUUGGUGCAGACGGUUCUGGAUGGGCUGAAUGUGGGGAGGGGCUACGGACCGGUGGAGACAGAGGACCACCUGAGGACCCUGGAGAUCUCCACCGUGUCUGUGGACGUGUGGCACAUCCUGGAGUUCGACUACAGCCGUCUGCCCCGCCAAAGCAUCGGCCAGUUUCACGAGGGGGACGCCUAUGUGGUCAAGUGGAAGUACAUGGUCAGCACUACAGUUGGUCGCAGGGCAAACCCGGAGGCACGCAGCUCAGGUCCAGGGAAAGAGAAAUGCUGCUACUUCUUCUGGCAGGGACGACACUCGAACGUGAGCGAGAAGGGAACCUCUGCUCUGAUGACUGUGGAGCUGGACCAAGAGAGAGGGGGGCAGGUCCAAGUGCAGCAGGGUAAAGAACCGCCAUGUUUCCUCCAGUGCUUCAAUGGAGGGAUGAUCGUUCACGCUGGAAAGAGAGAAGAAGAAGAGGAGAACACACAGAGCGAGUGGCGUCUGUACUGUGUGCGCGGUGAGGUGCCAGUGGAGGGCCACCUUCUGGAGGUGCCCUGUCACUGCAGCAGCCUGCGCUCCAGAGCCUCCAUGAUCCUCCUGAACAUAAACAGAGCCUGUAUGUUUCUAUGGCACGGCUGUAAGACCCAACUCCACACCCGGAGCGUGGGCACCAGGGCGGCACAACGCAUCAAGGAACAAUGCCCCCUAGAGGCCGGUCUCCACAGCAGCAGUAAAGUGACGAUUCAUGAGUGCGAUGAAGGGAUGGAACCCCCUGGCUUCUGGGAGGCUCUGGGCAGGAAAGACCGCAAAGCCUAUGACUGUAUGCUGCAAGACCCGGGUAAAUUUAACUUCACUCCACGGCUCUUCCAGCUCAGCAGUUCAUCUGGAGACUUUGUGGCUCAGGAAUUUUUCCACCCAUCCAGGGCUCCAGACCUCAUCAGCUCUUUGCCCUUUCUGCAGGAGGACCUGUACAACGUGCCACAGCCGGCCCUGUUCCUGGUGGAUAACUUCCACGAGGUUUACCUUUGGCAGGGCUGGUGGCCGCCGGACUCAGAGGUCACGGGGUCAGCACGGAUCAGGUGGGACGCAGACAGGAAGUGCGCCAUGGAGACGGUGCUCCAGUACUGCAGACAGAAGAACGAGAAGAAACCACAGAAGUCGUACCUGAUCCACGCUGGACUGGAGCCGCUCACCUUCACAAACAUGUUCCCCAGCUGGGAGCACCGUGAGGACGUGGCUGAGAUCACUGAGAGGGAGGCCGAGGUGUGCAACCAGAUCAUUUUGGUGGAGGACGUGUUGGCUCGUCUCUGCCAGAACUCCUUCCCUCUGUCUCAGCUCCAGAGCAGACCUCUGCCCGAAGGAGUGGACCCUCUGAGGCUGGAGAUCUACCUUUCCGACCAGGACUUCCAGAGCGCUUUGGAGAUGACGAGAGCUGAGUAUGAAGGUUUGCCAAGUUGGAAACAAGUGAAUCUGAAGAAGGCCAAAGGACUAUUCUGAGUUUUAUGUAAAGUUGGUUGAAGAACGUCGAUAAUGAAGGAAAUGCGAUGGAACUUUUACAGACCAGACAGGAAGCUACUGGAGACUGAACACGCCUUUGGAAAAUCAUCUUUUUUAAUUUGACUUUAUUUAGACAACUUAUGGCGUUGUUGGCACUUCUGCCCCCAAAUCAGAAGAAUACAUGUACAGGAGGAGGGGAGGCCACAGCGCCCCUUAGUGGCUGAAUGUGAGAGUGAAUGUUGUUACGAUAUUAUCAGGCACUUUUCUAUUGAGUGGGGUCCUAUUCAUGGGUUUCAGCUUCCUGUUAUAUGGCGUCAUUUUGGAGGAGCGGUCAGCCAUUGAAAAGAUACAUUAUUUAGUUUUGAAUUGUUAAUCACUAUGGCAAUGGUCAUAACUUUUCAUCAUUCUGAAACCCAUGGAUAUAAUUCAUUGUCCAGGCUUUUUAACUACUUUUAGAAGCUUAAGCCUUGUUUUUCACAUUUUAAAACAAAUAAUGUAUAUUUAUAGAAAAUAUGUUUUAUUUUUAUUUAUUUGAGCAGUGAUGUUUGAAUACAAAUGGUUACUGAAACACUGAGGAGUGUGGUGGAGUUCAAAUUAGGCUUAAAGAGUCACUGCACUUCUGGUUUCCCCUCUGAUGAUGUCACAAGGUGGGGGGAGGUGUUUUGAGCUCUUAAGACAACAUUAAAACCUGGUUUAUAAACUCAAAAAGUCAGUUUUGUGUAACGUAUGACCUAAAAGCUGUUAGAGUUUUUGAAUAAUGACACUAUAUGUGAAAAACACUGUGUCAAAUGCAGACCUGGUUUAUGGUUAAAGUGGAACUAAACACUAAAUCCAACUUUUUCUCGCUACUGGACUGUAUAUAUGGUGUUAUGCUAGCAUUAUCUACUACGGAAAUUUUAGUUCAAACCUGGUAAAUAUGCAGCCUUCAGUGGCCUCAGCUAUUUCAAGUAGUUGGCGACAUCACAAAAGACUGCCCUGACUACAGCUAGAUGUUUAUGAUCACAAACACCUGGCUGCAGAAGUGGAAUUUGAAGUGUGGAUAACUGUUAGACCAAUCACACCCACCUCCCCCCUCACUGUCCCCUUUAGUUUUCCAGACCCCGCCCCUCCUCCCCCCUCACUGUCCCCUUUAGUCCUCCAGACCCCGCCCCUCCUCCCCCCUCACUGUCCCCUUUAGUCCUCCAGGUACUGCCCAGUUUAGCAGCUCUAUUUAAAAUGUAUUUGUGGUGCUUAGUUCAACUUUAAUAUCUGAGCCUAUCCACAUAAAACCAAAACUUUUAAUCCUUUACACAAUGAUUAGCGUUUCUAUCCUUUUGUGUUUUUCCUUAUAAAGUAGUAUUGUCAAUAUUUCUUACUUUUGGUGUCUUUGCUGCGAUUUUGUACAGAAGAGAGUAAACUUUAUACCAUCUUGAGCCCUCUUUAUAAUUGUUCCUACAGAAUUCAAUAAUCCCCUUGCAUCAUUUUUGUAAUUCAUUUGGUACAAAAUUUACUGAAACUAACUAUGCCAAGUUUUCUCAUAUAAGCCACCUAAACUUCUGUCAGUUAUCAGAUCAUUUAGUGCCAGAUUUUCUAACCAAUGCCAACUGCUUUUGUCCUGUACAUUUUUGGAGCACUUUUGCCAAUUCUCAAAAUUUUUAGCUGUUUGUUUACCACUCAAAAUUAAAAUCAAGGUUUAUAAGUAUUAACAUUUUAUAUGUUCAGAAUUGAGUGAAUGAGAGUGUGAGAUUAAAUUUAUGUAUUUGUGUCAUUUUUGAAGGUCCUAUGUUGUGCACUUUUAAGACUUUUUGAACACUUAAGAUUUGGAAUUUUACAGUAUGAACUAUUUUAUUUUAAAUCUAUGGAAAAUAAGUCAAAAUUAUGUAUUUAAUGUAAUUACUUAUAAAAUACAAAACAACAGGAUUGCUAGCAGAGAUUAGAAGGAGUGAGGAGUUAAAGUUGCACUAUGUAACUUCUCUGGUUGGAGGUCUGUCACCUGCUUAUCUCUGUGCAGAUGUUAUGCUUUACCUGGAAUGUUCCUCAGUAUGGCAUUACACUUAUUUACCUUGUUUACUCAACCACAGGUGUUUUUAUGGCUUUACCUGCUUGUCUCUAUGGACACAGAUGAAGUUUAAUGCCUUACUGUAGAACAUUCCAGAAAAAGCAAUAACAUCUCAGUAGAGAUGCUGAAAACAGCUGAUGCCAGCUUAAAGGUACAGAAAUGCAGAGGAGCACCUAGUGAUGUCACAAGGUGAGACCGGCUAAAUACUACUCAAACAUUUGUUGAUUAAUCAAAAUACAGCUCCAGGUAUGUUUUUGGUGUGCAAACAUGUAAAAUAUUAUUACAUGAUUAAAAGCUUGUACAAAGUCAGAUUUGGACAAUAUAGGACCUUUAAGUUUCCUAUGGACUUGAGACGAUUGGAGUGCCAUGCUGUGGACUUGUGUAUGUCUGACUGUACAUAAUAUCUUUGUGGAUGUUUCAUUUUAAUUUAAAGUGUGGUUAAAUGCGACUUUGUACAAAGUGCUGUUGUGUUCUGAUGUCCACAGCCCUGCUCCUGCUCACUGCAGAGACAGAGUGGACUGAAUGUAUAGUGCCUUGGUUUUUGUGUACAGUUUCUACAGAAAUUUGCGACUUUCUGAUGAGUCCCAUGAGAAAAUAGUAAAUAAAACAUGCUCAAGUCA